AUGGUGGUCUCUGUGCGUUCGGAGUCGUCUGUCUCCCGUGGCGAGUCUUCAGAAAGCAGCGAGGGCUCCACCCCCUCCAGCGGCUACGUACAAGUGGGGCUUUCAGAAAACACGAAUUUGUCGUUUGAACGCAACCAUUCAUUUCUCAAUUGGCUGCUUCUGCUUGUGCUUAUUGGGGGCAGCUCCACAGCUGCGGGCAUCUUCUACUACGCCGUGCCUCUGCGCCACGAGUUGACUGCGACUGUCCGGACGCAUCUGACCAGCACGCCUUUCAAAGAAGGAGAGAGCUUUUUCCUCAGUGCGUACACUGGGGGAUGGCGGAGCAUCUCCAGCUUCUCGAGAGCAGUAGAACUGCGUAAUAUCCGUGACAGUGCAUACGUCCACCCAGAAACAACCGGUUUUACAAUCGCCGCAGGUGCCAUCACCAGCUGGGCAGAUGUAGAGGCUUGGCUUCUUAAAGUCCUGGCCCCCACCCUCUUUACUGGAAGCUUGGGAGGCUCCGUAGUGGUGCAACUUGCCACACUCCAUCUGGUUAAAGGCAGUCUUGUAGACAACGAAAACCCCAAUACAGCCAAAGUCAUAUACAAGAGACUCAACUUUGACGCUGCUGAGGAGAAGACGAUUGAUUUUGGGCAACUGCUGGGAGGUACAUAUGCAGUGGAUGCCACAAGCACCAUCGAAGCCCUUGGCAAGGAAGGUUGGUGGGGGCCGCUUACGACGGCAGCAACGCUGACCAUUCGCGGGCGGGACGGCAGAGGCAAUGAAUGCGCUGCAAAGAUCUUCUUCAAACAGAGCGCCUCAGGACUGGUGACGGCAGACGUGAAGGUUCAGUCGGUACUGGUCUCGGGCAAUGCAUUUGCAUUUGCUUUUUCUCUUCUGUAUCUGGUGGCGUCCAUCUGCUACUGCGUCGUAGAAUGGCUGGCCUUCAAGCUAACAAGGAGAACUCGACGUUUCGAAGAUGAUAGGAGCCCUCUGCGGCGGUAUUUGGAAGAGCGGUGGCCUUGCACGUUCGUGGCCAUGACGAGUUUGUUGGGGGCAACUCUUCUUUUGGCCUGCUGCAUUCUGAGUCACGUAAUAACGAACUCAGAGUUCAGCUCUCCUCUAGUGGAAGCUCUCGAAGUGUUGGAGGGAAUACUGGGGGUGGCUCUUAUCAUUACCGGUUGGGCCUUCAUUUUGCGGCUCCUGCACGCGCUCUCGGGGGCCAGUAUAUUUUUUCUGGUGCUAGAAAAGAGCACUGUCGUGUUUGUCAACGAAUUCGGAGGAAUUAUCUUAGUCACAGUUCUGCUGCUUCUUGGCGCGACGGCUUGCAACUACAUUCUCCUGGGGCCUCGGGUCCCACAGUUUCGGACCUUCACCUCUUCCUUAUUUUACACGGUUUGUUUGAGUUUUGGGGCCCCCUUUAUCAAGUCGAUGCCUCCCGUAGCAUUUAUCGUCGCCGCCAUCGGAUUACUUGUCGUUUGGGUCGUCUUUGUCCCCAUGCUGGUAGCAAUUAACAUUCAGUCCCUCAGUGCUGUUGUGAAGAAAGUUCGAGCCGGCCAAAGAGAAAAUUUGGGCAAGUCUUGGACCUUGUGGUCCUGCAUUCACACGAACAAAACGGAAGCUGGAGCUGAUAUCAUAGACCGUACUCGCGAGUGGAUGGAAAACAAUAUAUUUUUCUGCACUCCAGAUCCCAAGGAUGAAAGCCGAAUAGAUGAGGAACUGCAGAAGAGGGCGAGAAUGGGGAAGGAUGAGACAGCUGCGAUACUGAGCGAAGAGCAGGACAGCAAGAAAGGCAAAGCGAACGUGUCUGAGGCAGAAGAUACGGCUGCUGUUGAGUACAGGAAGCUGGCAGCACUCUUCAUUCCGUUUAUUGUCUUAUUCUCGUUGGGAAUUUGCUUCCUCUGUGACACACCCCGCGUCAAUCGCGAAUUUAACAAAGCCAUCGAACAGACGCUGCAGCCUUUCAGCACAACCGACCCCUUCACGUCACGAGAGGCCAACAUGAAGACUCCGCCAGUGUGGAUGAUACCUCGCCCGCAAUGCGGCACGAUCGCUGCAACCUUCCCUACUAACCAGCCCCAAGGAAUCCGGCGCCUACUGCAAAUUAGCAGUGUGACUUCUCUUUCGGGGGUGUACGACUGGUUGGAGCAGGUGUUGGCUGGCCAAAUACUCAAUGCAGCAUUCAACUCGCCCUCUACCACGAAUGCAAUACCUCUUGCUAAUCCUGGUGCGGUGUUGCGCCUCACGAGGAUAGAUUUGGAAUGCCAAACAUUCGAAAGCCUGGCGGAGUUGUAUCCGGUACGCCGCAAGCAGGCGGUGUUUCGGAAUUGGACGAGCGGAACAUAUGGAGGCGGCAGCUUCCACCCCAGUGCGGAGCGCGUGUACACUGUGCCGAUAUACUUUUCUGGCUCAGAUGCCCCGAAGACGUUUAUAGCUGCGGAAGUGGGGUCCGGGAUUGAGACGGCACAAUACAAGGGGAGGGGUAGCCCGUCUCGCCAAGUCCAGCCAACUCAGUCAGCUCCUACGAAAGGUCAGUCCCCGAUAGAUGACCACAGCAGACCACAGAGCGACGUCCACUGGACUGCAGCGGACUUUGAAGAGAUAUAUGCCGGCAGCACGUCUAUGAGAACCAAGGUGCAACACCUGCGCUCCAUGAACUUCCUCGACUGGCAACUUCUGGAAUUGGAAGUCUUGUGGAUGACGUACAACGGAGAUUCGAGCAUGUUUGCUCUGAAUAAGGUUGUUGUAACAAUGGAUCAAGGCGGGUUGAAGACCUCCUUGGGGGUGACGAUUAUUCCGGCCUGGCACAUACACCCUUUGGAGACGGGCGUGAGGCCGGAAGUGAUCUUCAUGCCUUUGGCUCUCCUGUGCUUGUUAGGUUACCUCGUCCUGUCGUACAGGGCAGUGCAAAAACGGCGGGUGUAUCCUUUAUACCUCAUUAUCCUGGACAUGCCGCUGGCGCUUUCGUUCGCUUGCUGCUGUUUCUUCCUGUUGUGUAUGUACAACGUAGCGUUCGACCCCGGGUGGACUGAUGAACUCAGUUCGAUAGCGGCGGGAACAGCAACAGGAAGUACAGGGAACAUCCCCAAAUUUGUCCCAGGGCCCGUCCAGCCCUGGCAGUGGCUGCCGGGCAGCGCCAGCAUGCCCACACGGUCUCAGCCGCCUCCUUCUGCUGAAUCUCUCCCGCGGUUCUUACGACUCCAAGAACGCAUAGAGACGCUGGCAAAUUACCUUUUAUUUUGCAAGAUAUGUGCUGGGCUGCUCUUUGUGAUCGCAAUGAUCCGUUUCAUCACUAUGGUCCCUGCCAUACCCGAGAGAAUGCAGGGCCUUCGAAAGCUCCUGUCGCACCUCAAUGCUGCAAAGGUGCAAAUGGCAUGCACUUUGUGCACUCUCUUCAGUUCAUUCCUCUUAUUCUCGUUGAUUGGCUACUGCGUUUUGGGGGGCUCAUACGACGGUUUUUCGACCUACGCGAAUGCAGUCGUUUCUUGCGUAAUGUUGACGCAAUCCAGGUGGAAUUUCAACUCAAUUAUCACAAUUCCGCAGCAAGGCCGCAGCAUCGGCUGGCUCUUUCAAGUGUUCUGUCUGGUUGUGUGUAUGUUCUUCUUUGGUUUCCUGAACUACAUUGUCCUAUCGAUGAUCUACGUUCGGUACGAGUCCUUGAAGGCCGAAGAGGCAGCUGAGAUGCAAAGCGCCCUGGAGGCCAAAUAUGGCGUCGUACAGCGGAAACGUGUGCCUCUGAUGGUCAAUGACACCGUGAUCCUUUAUUUCAAGGCCUUCGUCAAGUGUCUUUCGCUGCAAACAUGGGGAGUUAACCUUGGUGGCGAGCAGCCUGUGAAUUCAGGAUUUGUCAAUCUUAAAGAUGAGUUCUUCAUGUCCCUCAAGGAGCUCCCGCUUCUAGAGUACAUCAGCAAAGCCCUUCUUUCCACUCAGAUUGUUCGGUUGCAGCAGUGCUUGACCGACAUUGAAUUCCUGAGGGCCAAGCACUAUUUGAUCCUUCACGACCUUGGCGUCAUUGCCGAACAGAUGCGGGUGCUCCGCCAGGUCACUCGGCGACAGGGGAAAUACGUGGCUGGCAUUGAAGCUGCCAUACAACAUGUGAACGACCAAAUCGAAGAGGUGCAGGCAAGGAAGGCGUUCAUUUCGUAUUACGAGCAACAAGACCCAAUGCACGCGAGGCAGCAGAUGGGACAGCAGCAGCUAUUUGACUUAGGAAUGGAUGCGGGGCUUCAAGCUGCCAGAAGGGCUGUUGUUGAUCCUAAUGCCUACAUACCGGAGGAGCGCUUAGAUUUGACUCGUUGGGAAGACCCUGAACGGCAGAGGCGCAUUGAGGAGCAGCGUUUGCAGCACCUCAGAGAGGAUUCUCCCCCUCCGAGUUUGCACGCGGCUCGCAAGAAACAGCCUAAAGAGGAAUUGCCAGUCAUAAAGAGCCCAGAGCGCACAUCCCCAAAGGCUUUGACUCCACGGAUGGGCAUAGCCGGGCUCUCUACCUCCCCUUCAGCCCCUCCCCAGCAGUCAGUGUACCACAUGCCAGGAGAACCCCCAUGGAAGGCAAUCGUGACAACUGAUGGCGAAGCAACGCAAACUCCAAACCCAUUAAAACAGAAAGAUAGCGACUCAGACGACGAGGACUGGGAUAUUUUGAGACAGCGCUUCGGAGGAGCCCACCAGGGAACAUUUGAACUGCGAGAAAAAGGAGGAGAUAUUGUUGUGGUUAAGCCAUUCCCCGAACCUCCAGCAGAGCGGUUGCCCAUGGUUAGCAUCCCGCAGCCUCAGAGGCGUUCGCCGCCACGCAAGCAAGCGUACGCAAAGCCAGAUGGAGAUGAAGAACAGAAAUUGCCUUCCCGUUCACCAUCUCCAGCUGCAGUGGCCUCGGCUGUUUCGAGUUUCUUUGCGGAUGACCUGGGCCCUCGCCCCAAAACGAAUGCGCCCGAAGUAGCAGAACAAAGGGCCCGAGAGGGCAUUACGUCCCAACGGCCUCCACAAAGCGGGCUGAGGAAACAGCACAGUCGGCGCGCGAGUGCAAGCCUGCCUACUUUUGAGGCAGGAGGCAAGGAGUACAGAAUGCUGCCACGCAACAGAAGGAAAAGGCAAUGA